CGUAACCGUGUGUCGGUUAUGGACUGGUCAUACGACUGGAGGAGCCAACAUAAACAAAAGAAUAAUAAUAAAACAAGUAAGACUGAUACAAUGUCGAACGAAGAUGAAAAGGACGUAAAGAUCGUCGAAGCGGAAGCGGUCUCCUCUCCGGAACCGACGCACAAAGGAAGCCGCAAAGGCAACAACAAACAGUUCAAAAAGAAACAACAACACCAGUCACAAUACGGAGGCGGGAAGAAGUACUCAUCCUACACCUCAAAGACGGAAGAACUGAAAUACGACACAUUCACAUUGGGAGGAAAUAUGGGAAAGAAAUGGAUGACCAGCAGAGAAGCCUUUAUUAACUACGCCGGMYGAACYUAUGGAGGAAGUGUYAAAGCAUCCCUCCACAAACUGGAACAUACCAUACUCCAUGUGAAUAAACCAAAGGAACAUACCGCAGACGAGUAUGCCAAACUUAACCAAAUGGAAAUCGAUAUGUGGAAGAUGGACUACAGAGAAUAUAAAGAAGAAACAUCGCGAAUCCUAAAGAACCUCGUCAAGUUAUACGACGUCCUAUGGGAUCAAUGUGAACCAGCAUUAAAGAACAAGCUCAAAGCACAACCACUAUACAACAAACUAAUGGAGGAGUCUGACGUAAUAGGACUACUCAAGCUGAUCGACUACGUAUGCAGUGCAAAUGAUGGAGCMAAAUACUAYCAUCUACAAAGCUUCUAUGCACUGCGGAAGCUAAUYAACUUCCGACAACGCGACGACCAAGAUGUAGCCGACUACUUCAAAGAGUUUGAGAUGCUACUUAGAGUAGCAGAACAAGCAGGAGUGAACUUUGCAACUCCGGAACGCUGCAACACAGURGCAACAGAAACAUACAAACAGAAAUACGACGUCCUCGGGCCACGACAACAAGAGAUGAUCAUGGAACAAAGCAGAGAACAGUUCAUCGCCAUAAUGUUCAUGAUGAACUCAAACAAAGCCAAGUAUGGUAAAUACAAAGAAGAAUGUCACAACAGCUUUGCUCAAAGAGAUGACAAGUAUCCGAAAACACUUGUUGAUGCACUGACAGUACUUGAACAGUACCGAUUCACACCAGCAUUAUACCGUGGACAGGACAAGACAAACAAACAAAACAGUAACGACUCACAUCAGACCUCCCACAGCUUCUUCCAAGGCAACGACCAAGAUGAUAAAACAGAGGAAGUGAAUAACACUAACGGCAAUAAAACAAAUAGUARUGCRAAUACUAUUACAUGUUACAACUGUGGUAGAAAAGGCCACAUAUCAGCGAAUUGCACAUACACACACAAGGAAACUGGUGAGGAAACACCACGUGAAUAUCGCCGUCGAAAAGCCAUGAUAAACAACAAGAAGGAUGAAGCAGCUGACCAAGUGGACAAGAUAGUUGCAACAGGGACCACAUGUGUGAUCACAGAUGAAAUGAUUGAUACAUGGAGCGACCACUUAACAGCAGACGACUACGAUAUGUGCCUGCUGACAACAAGCCCAAAUAAAGAACCAAAGGAGAUCCUAAUCGAGGAUAUCCGCGAUAAUGACAAGGCAAUACUGAACCAAGUUGAAGGGAGACUGAACCCAUUUUGGGUGCUGUUGGAUAACCAAUCGACUGUACAUGUAUUCUUCAAUACAAUGUUCCUCCGCAACGUGAGGACCACACAUAAGGAAUUACACCUUUACACUAACACAGGAAAAUCAAUUAUCAAUGAGAUCGGUGAGCUUCCAGGACUCGGGACUGUAUGGGUCCAUCGAAAGGGAAUUGCAAAUAUCCUAUCAUUCCAUGGAGUGCACAAAGCCAAGKGAUACCGGAUUACAUACGAUAGCAACAAAACGGACGCAUUUCAAGUGUAUCGACCCAACGGGACUUACAGGGAAUUCAUACCAUCAAAGAAAGGAUUGUACUAUUCCGAUUUCUCCRAGAUGUUUACACAGUCRAGACGGAAGARAUUGACAGCACCGGAGUCCGCAACCGUACUUCAGAAUGAAACAGUUGCAACAAUUGCAUCUAACAAGGCAAAGUACUCCAAACAAGAUGUAUACCGUGCGGAAAUAGCUCGCGCCUUCCAACAUAUUGCCGGACACUUGAGUGAAGCACAGAUGCUCCGAGUAGCGUCCCAGAACCAACUCCGUAACUGUCCCAUAACCACAAGAGACAUUCGACUCAUGAAAGAUAUUCUAGGACCAAGUAUCCCUGGACUCAAAGGUAAAACAACACGGACAGUAAAACCAGGGGUUCAUACUGAAAUAGUACCGGUACCAGCGCACAUCAAGGAACAUUAUCAGGAUGUCACUAUAGCAAUGGACAUCAUGCACAUCAAUGGAAUCCCAUUCCUCACUACAACAUCUCGACACAUACACUACCACACUGCGAGUGCCCUCGUCACGAUGCAGACGAAAAAUAUAAUAAAUGCACUAACUGCCCUUCAUCAAUUCUACCAGAAGCGACAUUUCCGAAUCAAACAUAUCCUUGCUGACAAUCAAUUCCAAUCAUGCGCGCACGAACUUGCAACACUGCAGAUCGGGUUGAACUGUGUAUCACGUGAUGAACACGUCCCGGAGAUUGAGCGCCUCAACAGGACAAUCAAGGAAAGAUGCCGAUGUAAUGUCCACAUGGUUCCCUUCACCAAGAUGCCGAAGAGAGUCAUCGUAGGACUAGUUAAGAAUGUCAUCUUCUACCUCAACGCUUUCCCACACCCGGAUGGAGUGUCUACAACGCUAUCCCCUUACACCAUUGUCAAUGGCAACAUGCUUGAUUACAACUUGCACUUUGCUGUUGCGUUUGGUACAUACGCACAGACGCGUGAACCAACAGACAACACGAUGAAAACAAGAACAGUCGGAGCAAUUGCCCUUGGACCAAGYACUAACAUACAAGGGGGAAUAACAUUUUUUAGCCUACUCACGGGUAAAGAACUACAUAGGAGUAAAAACGAUUAUACGAUUGCCCCGAUGCCGGCAGACGCCAUUCAACGCAUAGAAGAUAUGGCCUCCCAAUCGCCGAUAGGUCUCAUCUUCACUGACAGGCUUAAUAACCCAGAUCGUGAMCAUGAUGACAACUCAAUCGUGGUACCCAAUCAAUAUGCCCACGAUGAUAACCACGAUCCUACUGCAGUACAACAGCAGCAACAACCACACGACAACGUAACUAAUCCCCAUACUGAUACGCUCAAUACGGGGACUACAGGAGUGGAUACUAACCAAAACAACACUCAUAACAACCAACACAACGACAAUGAAGACAACGAAGACAACGAUAACAAUGACAACAAUAACGAUAACAGUGACGACGAUAAUGACGAUGAUGACGAUGACGACGACAACACAAUACCGCAUCCUGAUCAGCCCAACAAUGAUGAACACAUUGAAGCUACAGGAGUGACAGCCGAUGACGAGGCUACAGGAGUGGCGGAAAAUGCAAUCACUAUCCCCCGUCGAUCCCAGCGAAUACGAAAUGAAGGACAAUACUCCCGCCCCUUGGAUGACCAAUACGAAUUCCAAUACUUCCAAAGCACGUUGGUAACCGGGGAUGAGGACGAGGCAAUCCAAACAAUAUCAUCUAUGAAUGAAUACAACAACUACAUAAAUGCACUGGAAUAUAUAUCAAGAACAGCACAACGAGACCAGCAAAUUAAUGACAUGGUAAUGACACAAUACAGCCUAAAAGCCGGACUGAAGAAAUUUGGAGAAGACGGACGUCAAGCUACCGUCAAAGAACUCAAACAAAUGCUAACGCGAGAGGUCUUUAGCGAAAUAACCUAUGAGGAUCUAUCUGACGAGGACCGGAAACUGGCCCUGCCAAUACUACUGUUCCUCACUCUAAAGAGAGAUGGCCACACAGUUAAAGGACGCGCAUGUGCAGAUGGUCGGAACCAAAAGCUAUGGACUCCCAAACAUGAAUCUGCAUCCCCAACAAUUGCAAUUGAAGCACUGUUCUUCACACUAAUCAUGGAUGCUCACGAAGGACGAGAUGUAGCCACAUGCGACUUGCCAGGCCACUUCCUGCAAACAGACAUGGAAGGAGAACUAAUACUACGACUGGAUGGACCACUGGCAUUACUGCUGGCUAAAAUAGACCGAGCACGAUGGAAGAAACAUCUUAGAAUGGAAAAGAAAAGAGCAGUUAUUUACGUACGAUGCGACAAAGCAAUAUAUGGAACAGUCACAGCUGCAUUACUAUCCUACAAGAAACUGAUUGGACACCUCAUGGACUGGGGCUUUAUCAUGAACCCGUAUGAGCCAUGCUGUUGGAACAAGACAAUCAACAGUGAGCAAAUGACAGUCGUAUUCCAUGUGGAUGAUUUGAAGAUCAGCCACAAAGAGCCAAAGGAAGUAACGACCGUAAUCAAGCUAUUAGAAUCAAUAUAUGCACAGCAAGACCCAAUGACAAUCACAAGGGGAAAGAUACACCAGUAUCUGGGAAUGACGAUCAACUUUGAAAGACCCGGUGAGGUACAGAUCACUAUGUAUGAUUACAUACAACGGAUGAUUAAUGAAUUGCCCUCAGAUAUGAUAGGACACAAGAGUACAGCUGCACCACCACAUCUAUUCAAAACAGACCAAGAGGAUGCAACAAAACUAAGCCAGGAGGAUGCGGACACAUUCCACUCCAUCACAGCUCAAACCUUGUGGAUGAGCCGACGAGGAAGACCGGAUCUUCAACUGGGGACUGCAUUCCUAUGCACAAGAGUUAAGGAGCCAGAUGAACAUGAUUACAAGAAACUUAAACACCAAAUGAUGUACCUGCAACAAACUGCAUAUCUUCCCUUAAUAUUGAGAGCAGAUGGGAAAGGAACUUCCUUAUACAUUGACGGAGCCCAUGCAGUACACGCAGAUAUGAAGGGACACGGUGGAAUGUAUGCAACUAUGGGAAGUGGAGCCCUGUAUGCAUCCUCCACUAAAAGCAAAAUAAACACACUAAGCUCAACAGAAACCGAGCUAAUUUCAGUAGGAGAAAAGCUACCAAAACACCUAUGGCUACGACAGUUCGCAGUGGAACAGACAGGGGAUCCCUCACAGGUCCAUGUACUGUACCAGGACAACAAAAGCACCAUAUUAUUGGAAAACAAUGGUAGACUAUCGUGCCGUAAAGGAUCAAAACAUAUACACAUAAGAUACUUCUUCAUAACCGAUCGUAUCAAGAAUAAGGAAAUUGAAGUGAGAUACUGUCCAACAGACAAGAUGAUAGCAGAUUUCUUCACGAAACCACUGCAAGGGAAGACAUUCGAACGCUUUAGAAACAUGAUCCUUGGCAUCAUACAGGAUGAYUUCAUCCAAUACUACAAACAAUACAUCAAAACAAUCAACGAGUUCGGACUAACUGACAACAAGGACAGAUUGCCACCAGAUCCGCAGGAGUGUGUUGAGAAUCGACCCUUGACACUUAAGGAUAAGGUUUACCGUAUACCGAAUACUACCUUAUACAGGACAACGAAUAGAGGACAAUGAGUACUUCUGUACAGCAACACAAGUACUCAUAUUCUUUUGUUUAUCUAUUAGUGAAUUAGCUUAUUAACUCAUCUAAUCUCUGGUCUAUUAGCUAAUCGUAACCGUGUGUCGGUUAUGGACUGGUCAUACGACUGGAGGAGCCAACAGGAUUGUGCCAGUCAUGCACCGACGUCGUUCUGCGGUAGGUCGGUACGAGUAGUAACUGCAACGUACAAUACUGUAAGAGCAGUACGUACGGAUGCGUAAAUUGCGAUUCUGGUACUCGUAGUAGUUUGAAAACCGAAAACCGGCACCACUUUUUUUUUGUUUUUGAAUUUUUGAACGAACCAUAAACAUUGAUUUCCUACAGAAAGUCCGGUACGAAGUAGUACUGUAAAUCGCUAACUUGGUCGCGGAAAGAGUUUGUGUACAGUAACUUAGCUAGUACGAAGUACUACCUACAGUAAUACAGUACUGGACCAUACCAUCAUACGGUACGUCUGGGUUCUGUACGGCAGGAAAAAUAAGAAUGCAGGGGUCAUACAGUAAACUACAGGGGUCUAAAUUAUGACCCCUGAUAAACUAAACGUACGGUAGGGUACGGUACGUACUUUACGACCCUGGUACGGUAGCGUAAGAAUGCAAGCACGAGUAGUACUACGAUUACAUGAUCCAGUGCUAGUAGAUCCUGCGUACUUUAACAUACUACCGGCAGCAACACCUGGUUUGGACACUGGACGAACACACUUGUCAUUCAGGACUCAAUUUUAGUAGUCCGGAUCGCAUCGCCUAGCAUCGCACAAAUCAGUUCGAUCGAAACAAAUCGAAUCGAAACAAAUCGAAUCGAAUCGCACGCGACGGCGACUGUUGUGCCUUCAACUGCAAGCGCGAACGCAGAUUCGAACCCGAACGCAAACCCAAAUCCGACUCCAAACGCAAAAUCGAACCACGAUGCCGGAACGCACGGCGGCAUGAAGAGAGCGGGGAGGCAUCGGAAACGGAGCGCUCCGCCGGGGCCCUGCGGGGUGCUGUGGCAGGCCCAGCGCGGGAGGCCUGCAGCAGCGAACGGGGGCGAGGACGCCUCGGCCGGCGGGGAAGAGAACGGGGGACACAGCGGGUUGCCCGCGGGCCACGGCGAACCCGGUGCUUGCAGCAACGACACGAACAAGAACAAGAACAACGGCAAGAACGACAACGACGACAAGAACAACAACAACGACGACGACGACCACCACMACGCCCCCGACGGUUCGACGCCCCACGCCUGGACGGCCAUGCAGCGAUCCCUCGGGAUCACCACGCCCUACCUGCCCCGAUCGACGGCGGGAAACGUCCGGAAGCGCUGCGAGCUCCUGAGGCCCCACCUCCCGCCGGGAUGCGUCCUCCUGGCCGAGGUCCUGGAGGGGAGGCACGACCUCGGGCUGCUGGCCAGAAACGAAAGCGAUGCGGGCGGCGAUGCGGGCGGCUAUGCGGGUGAAAACGCCGCCACCGCGACCCGCCCCCCGUUGUUCCUGUGCGCCUGGGUCGACUCGAUCGACGAGACCAACGCCCACCACGGCAUCUGGACCGUCGUGCUCCGGGACGAGACCGGGGCGACCGUCCGGGCCUGGAUGGAGCCGGGGUUUUGCAAGAGGGAACUCCGGGAGGCGCAGAAGCAGUCGGAGCCACAGCGGGAAAGGACGGCUCCAAGGGACGCACACGGCGUCGGGGGGGUCGUCCGGAACGGGGUGGUGUGGAUGCUCCGGGAUUUUUCCCUCACCGCGGUCCACCCACCGAGCAACACCAGCGGCAACACCAGCGGCAACACCAGCCACGGGGGCGUCGAGCGCAUGCUCGUCGUUGCGGGGAGGCACAUUGCACGGGUGUGGACCCCCGAAACGGAUCGCCACCGGCCGACCGAGGAGGACGAUUCCCCGCGGGCCCAGCGGGGGUACCUGGACUGGAUGGAGCGGCGGAGGGCCCUGGUGAAGGAAGACGACGAAGACGAAAAGGAAAAAGAAAAGGAAAACGAAAACGACGGCGACGGCGAGGAACAAGAAACCGAACACGACGGCCACCAGCAUCCCCGAGGCCGCUCGUUUUGUCGAUCGGAACCGAGAGAACCACCCCCGUCCCGACCGGACCGCCGUUCGAAUUCCUGCGUGGACAACGACGACAACCACAACAAGAGCAAGGACGACAACCACAACGACGACACGGGCCGGGACCCGGUCGUCGUGUUCGGCGGGUCCGAACACCGGGAGGGAAUGACGGCCAUGUCCGCGCUGACCAUGACGGGGAUCGACGCCACCGGGACGCAACCCGGGGGGUCCCAAGGGGAAGGGUUCCCCGCGGGGGAAGGCGCCUCGAACGGCCGGCCAAGACCGCAGAGCCCCGGGUUUGCCACCCAGCGGGACGAAAGCGAGCGGUUCCCCUCGCAGCGAACCAGCGGGUCCGAGCGACGAAAGAAGAAGAAGAAGAGGAGGAGGAAGCACGACAACAACAACAACAACAACAACAAAGACGACGAAUCGAACCGCCGGGCUCCCGCUCGCGGCGGCGCAUCGGACCGCCGCCCGCACCAGCGCCGGAACGGCCAACGGGGUCCGGCUGACGCAGCCGAGACGAAGAGUCCAAAGCGGGCGGAAGCAUCGGUCUGGAACACGCCCGAUCCCUCGGUGCUCGAGCUCCUCCUCUCGGAGGAAGCCGGCGAACGAGCGGAAGAAGAAGAACGCGAGGCCCGCACCCUCGUCGUGGGGCCGUCGUGCACCAGCUCGUCUCUGCCCGCGACGGAAGAACCCCUGACCCACGAAGACCGGGGGGAAACCCCGGAGGCCUACGGGGGGAGGGCAUCGGCCGCCGCCCUCUUCGAGCCGUCCAGCUGGGCGGGGAUGGACCUUGACGCCUUCGGCGAAGACGACGAGGAAGACGGAAGCGACGACGGAUGACGGGGGUCUCGCGCAUACCGACCGUACGGUGCUUUCGUCUGUGCAAGUUUGGAACAAAACAAUUCAACUAAAAAAAAGAUGCACAG